AUGUCGACGAGGUGGGUGGGCUGGAGUCAUUUGCAUAACACUUGGGAAUCAGAGGCCUCUAUCGCCGCUAUGGGUGCGAACGGAGCCAAAAAAGUGUAUAAUUUCAUCAAAAAGCAGAAAGAAAUGGACGAUUGGAAGCGUACAGCAGAUAAAGAAUAUAUAGAGUUCUAUGAAUGUGAGCAAGUAAUGAGCGAGGAGCUCUGCGAAGAGUACCUUAAAGGUUGA